AUGGGAUUGAAUAGAGCCUGCAUCCUUUCAGAUCUGUCUAGCAUUCGCAUGUUUGACCAUCGAAAACUUACUUCUAGAGGAAUCAGAUAUCCCCUCCAGAUAUCCAAAGGCUGUAGCGAUGCUAUCCUCUGUGUCCAGUGGUGUCCAGACAAGUCAUCUGUCUUUGGCAGUGGUGCAGAGGAUGGUAUCUUAAACAUCUGGGAUUAUGAAAAGGCUAUCCUCAUAGGUCUGAACAAGUAUGGGAAAGGAGAUUGGAGGUGCAUCUCAAGGCAUUAUGUCCCCCAACUCAAGCUCCUAGCCAAGCACAGAAGUACUUUCGACAACAAAACAAUUUGUCUCCAAUGGAUAAACAUCGACCCAGCAUCCAUGACAUUCAGUGUGUCAAUCCUACCACCUUUGAUUCCAUGCCUCCAAUCAAUGCCAUCUAUAUUAAUAAUAUCCCAGACGUGGAAGACGGAAAACUUUUCCCCACUGGCAAACAUUCUUCCCAUUUCUAGUAACAAAUUUGAACUCAGUUUCAAUGGGGAGUUUGAUGAUUUUGUGAAUUUUCGUAACCCUAUGUGUCCCCCAAACGAGACCUCAUCACUUACAGUUUUGGUACACAAGUUGUUAUUUCUCUACGUAAACUCAAAACACAAAUAG